AUGAUGAAAGAAGAGUCCCCGGCACCCACCAAACAAGGCGGAGAGGAGCGUUCAGGCUUCAAUGAGGAAUACGAAUCUCUUGCGGAUCAUGAAGUUGCCGACAUCAACCCGUUUGCGAGCAAGCAUCAUCGACCUCUGGUCUUGAUGAGAUCAUCCUCGAACAGCAGCGCUGGCUCUUCGUCGACCUCUCCCACAGGGCUCCGCGCAAACAGCUUUAGUCCAUUUGACCCUAUGAUGGCUCAAGCCGCAGCAGCUUCAUCGACCAGCGGUAGAAAUCCCACCCGAAAGAACAGACCACUGAAUUCGCUGUUGGACGAUUCGAGAUCGUCGGAUGGCAGUCCACCACUACAACAGCAACAACCACAAUCCACAGUGCGCAUGACGCAACCCUCUGGAAUGGCUGGUUUUCUGGAAAUGGAGGAAGAACCGACACGUUUUCGUGAAAGCGCCGAAGCAGCACGUGUCCUGGAAGAGCAAGAUGACUUGAUUGACUUUACGCCCGCCGAUGAACCCAUCCAAACCACAUCUGGAUUGCUGUUGACUCAUCGGAGAUCUUCGGCCGAGAAACGAGCAGAUAAAGGCAAGUCAUACUCCAGAGGAAACGAUUCGAGAUCGUCGGAUGGCAGUCCACCACUACAACAGCAACAACCACAAUCCCAGUGCGCAUGA